AUGCCGGGGCCGUACAGCAGCUUGAUGGUGCUUCGCCGGCGUAGAAGCGGCCGCGGAGGGCUCCGGGUGUCUGAAAAAGACGGAUUUACGCUGCUCGUCGCGCUGGUGCUGGCCCGCAGGCGCCGCGCCGCCGCUCGCCUGGCGCCCUCGCAUAGCGGCGUGCCCGCAUCCUCUCCCGGCGCUGGCCUCGGCCGCCUGGCGCUCCUCCUGCAGCCACUCGAGGGCCGCGAGGCGCACCAUGAGCCGCCAUCGGCGCCGCCCAUCUGCGAGGUCAGCCAGCUCGACGCCGCGGCCCUCGAGUGGCUUCGCGUGAGCGCCGCCGAUGGGAGCUCCGCCGACACGUCUGCCGCGCUUUCCGCGGGCGGCGUCAAGCUGCUGCUGCAACUGCUCCAGGGCUGCUCGCUCGCCGACGAGCCGGCCCAAGAGCAGGCCCACGCCGUGGCGCGCGCCGCGCCGCGCAUCCUGGAACGGGUUCUCUCCGCGCGCUGCGCCGCCUCGGAGGCGCCGCCGGACGACGAGAGCGACGUCGUGCGGAUGCUGUCGGCGCUGCUGCAGCCGCUCACCGCAGGUGUCUCGCUAUCGUGUGGCUGGCUGCUGCUCGCGCAGGCGCUGCUCGAGGUUCUCGGAUCCGACCCGGCCACUGGCGAGAAGACCAUCACCGCGCUCGCGCAGUACGGAGAAUGGCUCGUCCGGCAGCUCGCGAGCCUGGAUGCGGGCGCGCAGCCUCCCACUCGCCCCCACGCCACCUCGAUGCCCAGCGGAGGCGAGGAGGCGGCCUCCUUCCGCUCGGGUGGAGUUGGCCUUCCGCCUGGGUGGAGUGUCGAGGCGCGAGACGCGAGCGCGCGCACCUACAGCGUGUACCACGGCCCAGCGGGGCGGCGCGCCGUCUCAGUGCCCGACGCGUGGCGCAAGCACCGUGCUGGCGAGGCCGCCCCGCAGGCUGGCCCGCAAGCCUGCAGUCUGGCCCUCGCCCUCAACGCGGCGCCGGGGAUGGGCGCGCUGCACGCCGCCCUCGAGCGAGCCGCGUGCCGCCCCUCACCGCCGGCGUGGCUCACGGACCCCUCGGCGGAGUGGCGGCGGCUGCUCGACGUCGCCUUUGAGCACAGCGUGCGCGCCGGCCUGGCGCGUGCGUGCCCCCUCGUGGCAACGCAGCUCUGGCGCACGUGCGUGCUGGUGGGAGGCAGCGGCUGCCUCGCUCCGGCACUCGCGGCUUGA